AAAUCUGCAAAAAGCAUUUUCAAGGACAUGAACACAGUAAGGAGAAAAAUUCUUUUUUGAAUUUUCUUUACCGCAUAUUGUCUACAAUCGAUACUAUUUUUUAAGAAUAUUACAGUGAUUUUGGCUGGGAUACAAAAAUAAAACAUAUUAUCUUUUGUAUCUGAUAAGAAGUUUUGUUUGAUUCAAGUACCGCCGGCACCAUUUCAUACGCACCUUUUUUACCUUCUAAAUAUCAAUUUACGCUUCGCAUUUCACUUCGAUAUUCAAUCAUUCAUUACCUAAUAAAUGAAACCAUAUUUGAUAGAUACAAAGAAACAAAUAUCUUUCGUAAUAUGCAAAUGGUGUUUUUCUCGCUCAUUUCCAGUAUAUAAUAAUAAUUGUAGAAACUGUAACCAAAAUUCUUUUCGUCGUUUCGUAAUGAUGAAAAAAAAAACGUGUAUGAGAGGAACUGGAGUAGGUAUCAUAUUUGCAUAAUAAUUGUAUUAAGUAGAGCCCUAACAAAUAUAUUGUUAAAAUGCCAUCAAAAAUGAUUAAAUUUAGGAUCGCUGCAGAUGUUCUCAUAACAAAUAAGGCUUUAAGACUUUCUGUCAUAAUUAAGCAGUUCAACGAGUCUUUGGAAGAGAUAUACCCGUAUUAAUUGAACAUAAUUUAAAUCUAAUUGACCGCUUUUGCUAUCUUAUUCGUUUCGUGGAUAUGAUCUUCUAAUCUUUCAUGCAUCUUUCAACACUCAAAGCAAUAUAAAAUCUUAGUCGAAAUUGUGGGUAAAAAUUAUUUUAUUUCAAAAGAUAUAGCGAAAUAAUUUCAGUUCAUCGUUCAUCACAUCCCAUGUGACUUCGUUUUAACCCGCAUUUUAUGCCUACUGUUAAUUAGUCGAUAUUCUUACUUAGCGUGAAUAAGAAGUGGACAGUUUACAAUGGAUUUGAAUACUUUGUUUGUGUAUUCCACAUUAUUUUUCGUUUGGUUUUGUGGAUAUCAAACUGCUGAUAGUCUGCAAAUAACUCACCUUUUCGUGCCACGACAGGCUAGUCAUGAGGCAAGCCUAGAUUGCAGAUAUUCUCUGGAAUUUAAUGAAACUUUAUAUGAUGUUAAAUGGUAUAAGGAUGGAUCUGAAUUCUUCAGAUGCAAGCCAAAUGGACAUACUUUACAGUUUGAUAUCGAAAAUAUCAAACUGUCGAUUUCUUCUAAAUUAGUGCAACCAGGAAGAUGUUGUGUAACCUUGAUCGAAUUAAAUGAAAAUACAAGUGGAGAGUAUGCUUGUGAGGUCAGUCUGGAAUUUCCAUUCAAUGCGAAAACUAAGGAAUCUCGCUUAGAUUUCAUGAACUCAUCUCUUACCCAUGAUAAAAGCUCAUUGUUCGAAGGGGGUGCAGAAUUUGUGAAAGACGAUGCAAAUAGGAGUGCAUAUCUACAUAACGAAGCAAGUAUAUUUUUAUCCGAACCAAGCUUCCCAGUAUGGUCAUUUGUUUUUAUAAUGGGCGUAAAUGUAUUAUUAAAAAAUUGAAAGA